AUGGACGACUCUAAAUUUGCGAACGGGCCAAGGGCUCAGAAUCCAACCGCACAAAGGUUGGGGGAAGUGCUUUCAGCAUGGCUUCCUAACAGACCCGAGGGGCUUUACGAUCAAUAUUUGCAGACACUCUCUCCUGACUAUGAUCAUUUGUUGACAUAUUCGCGAUAUGACCGAAUCUGGCGUUUCUCCAAACAUAGCCCUCAUAGCCUGUCCUAUCAUUCUCAGAUUUCUCUUCUGUCCUCUCCGGUACUCGUAAUAGAUAUCGGCAACAACGAUCGAGUUAUACGCAAUCAAUCACAUCUGUCCAAUGCGAAUUCUGAUUUGGAGGAUCGCCGUCGCUGUCGCAUUAUCUGCACACAACAUAUCACUUGCUUGAGCAUGGAGGCGUUAGGCACUGGGCUUUCAUUAGACCCUAAUGUCUUCAGUCAUCAUAUCGGGACGUCAUUCAAAGACAUUGAAAAGAGCACGGGUAUUUAUAAGCUCUGUAACACAAAGAUUGAACAGAUCCCUUCGUCUGUCGGCACCUUCGAGCACGAGAGAAACCUACAAAUCCUCAAAACGCUCCUAGGGCGACUUUCCAUUGCCAAUGUCGAGCAUGCAAAAGACCUCACCACUCGGGACUCAAUUGUUAAGUCUGUUUACCAUCAUCAAGAUCAUCCUAUCACAUUUUCUGUGGAUGUGCCGCGAACGAUAUACGUGCAAGGAUAUCAAUCCGAGGACGAUAGAACAGAGCCUACUGCAAGACACCUACGUGCAAGAGUGUUGGCACUACAAGACAGAGUGCUAAAUCGGCGCAUUUCUCGGCAGCGAUUUGUGGACGAUAACAUGUUUUGCGACCAAGGGGAACGGUAUUCACAAAACGGCCUCGACAUUCUACAGCGCAUUACCAUUCAUGUCGUAGAAGACAGCCUCAACCCGGAAUGUCAACAAGUCUUGGUUUUAUUUCCACUCUGUCCGGACCUUGAUGGAAACGAUGCAUAUGGAGACAGUGCAGGCAACGAUCCUCAUGUUUUUCUCGACCCUCUGACCAAGCAAGAAAGUACGAAAUCAUUCAAGGAAUUCCGUUUAAACCGGGACGAAAGGGGCAAUGGAUCCACUGAGAUAUCUACGGCAUCUCGACGGACUACGUCUCAAGACGUUGACAUCUUCGCUAAUGAUGUUCUUGAGAAUCAAACUGGUACACCCAAAGGACUGACGGAUACUGUCCACCUUAUACGACCAUAUGCGCUGAAUGCAUGGUUUGAUCGCCUGCAGACAUUGAGAGACCAGCUUGAAGAUUUUAGUCUACAAAGCUUAUCCCAUCGAGAAACACCACACAAGAAAGAUCCGCAGGAUGAAGAUGAGGAAAAACACACAGUCGAUGGACUCGUUGACGAAGAAGGGAUCAAAAGUGCUAUUCUUCGCUACAUCUCGUCACUGGAUGGUGAAUGCCAGCGGUUGAAACUUGAUUUGCGUUCAGCGAAAAUCGGAUCAUCCACAAACGAUUUCGAGCUGUUAGAUCAGACGACGGAGAAGUACACUUGCAUCCGAUCGGAGAUGGGCAAUCUUCUGUCUGAAACCCAGCAUUUACUUGAUAUGAAGAACCGCAAGAUACAACAAGGCUUAAUGACUCUCCAAAUCAAAGAAAGCAGAAAGUUCAUCGAGCAGGCAACAAUGGUGAAGAGGCUUAUUAUACUAGCCUUCUUUUUUAUACCAUUAUCCUAUAUCUGCUUGACAUUUGGAAUGAAUGCUGGGUAA